CGCGCAGGAACACAGACCGCCGAAGCGGAGCAGUACCAGGCCCAAGGUCGCGCUGCCCGCAGGUUGUUGGCGUUGGCUGACCUCAUGGACCGUGCUAGCCCCGUGUGGCGAAGGCUGGCACAAGCCGCGCUAGCUUCCUAUUUCCUUACACUCACCCCCGCCGUGGCGAGCCUUCGCCCGCCUGCCGCGACCCCGCAGGUGAUUUACCUUCUCCGGCAACUGCACCCUUGCUCCCGCCCCAGCCACUGA